AUGAAUAUAACAAGUUGCCAUGUACAAAUAUUGUUCGUAAUAUUUCUAAACAUCUAUACGUGCAAAUUGUGCUACAUUAACAAAUUACAUGUAGCCAAAAAAGGACAGCCUCCUCAAAAUUUGUCCCCAAGUGUGCAUCAAAUUAGUGAGAAAAAUGUAAAAGCCAGUGGAACCAAAGGAAGAAAUCAGGAUAAAUUAAAUCUCACAAAAUUUAAUGGCGCUAUUGGGCCAUCGCCCAUUUGGAGUAAGUGCGAAGCGGUGGACGGGGGACGACGCUUCGAUGAAGAAACCCACAAUGUAUCAUGCAAUGUGUCAUACAUAUUGCCCUGCAGAUCCCCUGGGCACGGCUGUCAUCCCGCUGGGGAAAAAACGGCUGUCCACUUUACAAAUACGUUAAUUGGGCCAAACCGAUUGGUGAAAAAAUAUUCAUUCUUUAAAAAUCACAAUGGGGAGUAUCAGUCCCCCCUCAGGGAGGGAGGCAGCCAUGAGAGGGGCACACAGUUGUGUCACUGGACAAAUAUCCUCCUGUUCCAUAACCUGUUUCAAAACGAAACGGUGAAUUUACACCUACACAACGUGUACCUAGAAAUCAUUCGCACCGUGCAAAGUACACUAAGGAGUAAAAUAUUUUAUGUAGACAUUAAGGAAGAGUUGAGCAAAAGGAAAAACACCAUUAUGGACAUGCUGCACCAAAUUCAUGCACUAAAUAAUAGCACAAGCACACAGACAAUUGAUAGCAGCCCAGAGAAGGGAAAGACAAAACUUCGCAUUUUAUUCAUCGGGAGCAACGAGUUCAGCUUGUUGUGCUUUAGAGUGAUCAAGUUAAUUAUAAAGUACGUAAGAAAUGAUAUAAUGCUAGAUCAUGUUAUUACCAAGAGCCCCAGAAAAAAGGGAAGACAUUUAAAGUUAAAAAAAUCGCACAUCGAGGAGGAGGCAGAGAAGGACAGAAUAAAAAUUUUUUAUUACGAUAAAAUAAGAAAUGACACAUAUUUGCUAAAAAAUAAAACCUUCGAUUUGUGCAUUUCAGCAUCGUUUGGAGAAAUAUUUAAUGCCUCCUUUUUUAAGAACAUUGCUGCCCAUGUAUACACCUUGCACCCAAGCUUACUGCCACUGUACCGGGGUGCGUCCCCCAUUCAGAGAAGUCUAUUAAAUAAUGAAUCCCUUUUUGGCUACUCUAUAUUUCUCACCAAUUUGCGCAUCGAUGCGGGUACCCCUUUGAUACGAAGUCCCCUUACAUUUGAUCACACUUUCAAUUUUAAUGACAUAAUUACGAUAUUGUUCACCUUGGGGUCAUUGCAUUUGAUGAGUCAUAUUUUCUUUCUCGCCAAUUACAAAGUGGGUGGUAGAACGAACGCGGAAUUACAACCCAGAGGGGAGUCCCCCACCCCUUCGACCAUCCCUACACAUAAUAAUUACGAUCACUUGCACCUUCGCCAUUUGCAAUAUGAUAAGGACCAUGUCACCCCACGUAACGUCAACAUAAAUCAGAACAUGCUGCAUACAGACACGGGGCAAGAUGUAAUGAAUCACACUUGUCUGAGAAAUUAUCCCAUGCUCCCUUUGACCCAUAAAAAUAAUAGCUACGCACCGAAAAUAAAAAGUGAAGAAAGGUAUGUAUGUUUUUUUUGUUCAACCGCUCUGCACAUUCAUAAUAAAAUAAGGGGGUUUAUAAAUUGGCCCAAAGUGGAAUGUACCUUUUUCCUGGUCCACAAGGGUGACCUGAAGGCUAUGGAGGUAAAACUAAUUAAAACGUCUUACGACUCCAGCGAUCAUAUCAGCCACCAACAUUGUCACCAAUUUAAACACCUCGACACUCUUCAGAACCACAAGUGCUUCGACGGUAUCCCGCGAAAAAUGGCAAUUUUUAAUAGAGGGGCCAUAAAUAUACUGUGCAAGGACAAUAGCCUCCUAAAAAUUUAUACAUUGCAGCGGAAAAACAAAAAAAUUAUGGACGCUUCAUCCUUUGUUAACAGCAUCAACGGCGUCGAUCUGCUGUACUAG